UACCUCCCACCAUGCUUCUCCUUCUCCUACAUUUGUCCUUAAAUCCUCAACUCUCCCCUUCUUCAGAACUCAGGGCUCCCACCUCCCUUUCUCCUUCUCCUUCAUAUUCUCCUAAUUACUCCUACACAUCUCUAUCUCUGUCUCUGCGAUAGAGAAGAUGGUUGUGAGCUCGGAGGUUAAUGGCGGCGGAAGGUGGACGGAAGCCAUGGUCGUUGCCAGCUUGAUCGCCGCACAAAUGGUCUUCGGCUUCAACACAGUCUUUCUCUCCGGACUUCUUGCCGGCGGCCUCCAACCUCUCUUCCAAAUCGCCGCCGCCGGCUUCUUCAAUGCCUUUCUUCUCCUUCCCUGCGCUAUUCUCUUUGAAAGGAAAAAUUGGCCGCAGAAGAUAGGACUCCACUUGAUUAUUCGGUUCGUUCUAAUCGCCGUUGGAGGGACACCUUUGUACCAAGUUUUCAUGCUCCUGGGAGUGAAGAAGACAACCCCAGCAGUAGCCACAGCCAUGCCUAACUUAGCUCCAGGGCUCAUCUUUAUUAUUGCAUCUUGUCUAAGGAUUGAGAAAUUUGAUAUUAAGUGCAAGUAUACAAGAUAUAAGGUAAUGGGGACUGUGAUAUGCUUAAGUGGAGCCAUGGCGAUGAGCUUCCUGCAGGGAAAUUCUGUAAAACCCGCAGCAUCAGCAAAUUUGAGAUCUAUAUUUUUAAGAGAGGAUUUGGCCAUUAAUACCAGCCCUAAUGAGUGGAUUAUAGGUUGCCUCUAUAUGCUUGCAGCUGUUGUGAUUAUAUCUUGCGUCUUGGUUUUGCAGGCUACAACAAUGGAGGAAUUUCCAGCUCCGAUUUCCAUGACCGUUAUAGCUGCCAUAUUAGGCUCUUUCUUUUCCUUAAUAUUUCAGUAUAUCUUGCAAGGAAAUAUAACCAGCGGAGUCGCCAGCCUCAGCCUCAAUGUCCUUAUCACUGCUGUGUUAGCGGGAGGAUCAGUGACAUCCAUAAGCUCAUUAGUAGUAACAAUGUCUGUUCAUAAGAAAGGACCGGUUUUUGUUUCAGUCUUCCAACCUACACAAUCAUUCUGUGCAGCCAUUCUUUCAGCACUGAUAUUAAAGCAGUUUAUCAGCCUUGGAAGCUUGAUAGGUAUGGGGCUCAUGUUUGUUGGCUUGUAUGUUGUCUUGUGGGCAAAGAUUAAGGAAGCUGAUAAAGAAGAGAGUAGAUUGAUCCCAGAUGAAGAGAGAGCUCUUCUUUUUUAGUGGGUUCUUAUGAAGGCCUGUUGCUAGCCAUGUAAAGAAUGAAAUGAAUUGAAUAGAUGACAUUAAGUAUAUAUUAAUAAAAGUAUGAUGAAA